CCCGAAACUGCAAUGACACCAAGGAUAAUAAGUUAUUUUUUGUGCGGCAUGCGCCAUCCUAACACUGGACUAAGUGAAGACGACCUAAGUCGUCUUACCGGUUCAUCAUCUUCGUCAGCAUCUUGUCGUAGUAAUAAUUGUAAUUCCACAUCCUCUUCUUCCUCGUCUUCGUCCUCAGCAUCAUCGUCGUCGUCGUCUUCGUCGUCAUCAUCAUCGGCAUCGUCAUCCGGUGCCAAUACUCCCGAAGAAUGCAAACAUAUCAACAAAAGUAAAAAACAUCAUUCACCAAGCAAGCAGCAUCACCACCAUCAUCAUCACCACCACAAUGUUGCCACAAUACCCUCGGAACAUUUGGAGAACAAUAAAAAUACACAACACACUCACCAACAACAACACCACCACCAAUAUGCCGAACAGCAUUCUCACUUCAAUUCCACCUAUCUACCGGAAAUCAUUAACCCCCUAGAAUGGCAGAAAUCCCGUAAACGUAAGGAACGCCUCGACAGCACCUCGUCCACAAUACAGGAUCGCAAAUUACAGCGUUCGAAUAGUGAAGAACUAUUGCCACAAGAUGGCGGCGCUAGGUUGCAACACAACAACAACAAUGUAGCAUCUACACCGGCAGAUUUGGGCGUUAAUGCCCUAAAAUCUUCGCUGAAAAAUGUAGAAAAUAUUAGGCGUGUCUCAUCGGAAGAUUUCAAGCGCACCCCCUACGAAGUCUAUGAACAGGAACUUCGCAGCGAUUCCGGGGAAAGGGAUAACGCUCUGGGUCACAAAACUUCCGAUGAGAAUGAUGGCAGUUUGGCUAAUCGCCAAUACAAUCAACAACAGGCCUGGACUGUGGGUGUACCCAUUAAGGAUAUGACACGGCGCUCACGUUAUGAGACAAGUCCAGCCCGUUCGCAGAGACAUUCACCCAUCAGGGUGUGCUUCAGUAAUGGCAAUGGCAGCAGCAAUAAGUCGCAACAGCAUCGUGACAGCGAUGAUAGCGAGUGUGAACAUGAACGCAGGCGCAGCAGUGAGCGUUUUUGCAAGUCGCGGGCCCCACCAGGACGCAAGGCGUCUGGGGUCACGAAGAAAUCCACCAGUUCCACCAGUGCCAUGAAAUAUUUGCCUUCCAAGCUGAACGAUGAGAAUGUCUACAAAUACGAUUUGUCAGCCCUGAAAUAUGAGAGGCGUGGUUUCAUCUCGAAGAAAUCCAGCCAAAACCAACAACCCCAACCACAAACAAUGGAGAAGAGUCACACCAACGACUUGAAUGACAAUAAUUUGAUUGAUUUCAAUAGCGCGGCGGCGAUUAUGUCGACCGGCAACAAACAACAAUCUAUGAGUAAAAGUCUAUCGCCAACGGCUUCAUCGAAUGGUUCCACAGAUGAUGUUCAUAACAAUGUCAAUGUGACACCUGUGGCCUUACAAAAAUCCAACACAACACCAGCCACAUCAUCCGUGUCCGCAUCCUCGGCCAACAGCAGCAAGAGCAGCAGUCAAAGCAGUCUACACAAAGUUCCCCAUACCAUCUCAGCACAGGAAUCACUGCCAUGGGAUCGUUCCGUGCCCGAAGACCAAACGCCUGUCUUGAGUCGUCGCUACGCCACCGUUAGGCCCCAUUAUGUUGACAGCAUUGACACUGCAGCCAAGCUGUCGAAGGUUAAACCCUAUCCUCAACCUUAUCUCAAACAAACACCCAGUGCAGCCCAGCUACUGGCCAAUGAAUUGGAUGAUGAUGAUGUCAUGGAUCCAUCUCUCACCAAUUUCCGUGCAUUUACCACAUUGGAAAAUUUGAAGACACGUGAGCUAAUGCAACAGGUAUUGCCGAAUGUAAUGUCUUUCCAGUCGCCCGAGGAACGUAUGCGUCAAAUAAAUAAACGGGUGACGGCGCUAAAGAAAAAACUGGGUCAACUUGAAGAUUCAUAUGAACAGAAGUCGGGAUAUAAACCAUCUCAGGCUGAUCGCUUGAAUGAUAAGUAUAUGAAAAAUAUCCUAUCGGAGCUAAGUAAGCUGCGCAAAGAACGUCAUGAGCUGAAAACUGAUCCAAUGUCAGCAUUAGGCCUGAAAGUUAGCGGUGGCAUGGAUUCCGAACAGAAAUUACAAAAAAUGAAGGUGACUUUGAUGGAAAUUGAACAGAGUCUGGCCGAAAAGCGCAAAGAUCACAAUCGUCCCGAAGUCCUCGAAGAGCUGACCGCCGAUCAAUUGGUGCAAGAGAAAUCUACGGUGCAGCACGGUCUACUCUAUUUCGAAUCCCUGUACGGACGACCAUCGACCAAAGAUGAACGUGAUGCGGCCCGUCCACUCUACGAUCGUUAUCGCCAAUUGAAACGUAUGGUUUCACGCAGUGUCACCUUGAGUGGAUCCUCCGCAGCAGGAGCCCCCGAAUUACCAACCAUUCUAGAACAUGAGGCUAUGGUCUUUGAAUCAACGACCCUACAAUAUUCAUCGGCAAAUAGUACCGAGACAACAAAUUCACCAACCGAUUCGGCGGUACCGACAAAUAGUUCCGAUGAAUCCACGACCACCACAACAGCUCAAUCUUCGCAGCAGCAGCAGAAGGAACAACAAAAUGAAACGAUUAGUUGUUUAAGUAUUGAAAAAUUAUGGGAACAAUUGGAAAAGACCAGAGAGGAGAAGAAACAACUGAAACGGGUCAUUAGGGAAUUUGAGACGGUGUUCGAAGAGCAGAAUGGUCGGAAGAUGUUGAAAAGUGAUCGUAAAACGAUUGAGGAGACCUAUGCUCAGUAUAAGGAGAAGAAGGCCAAGACCCGUCUUCUGCAGGCCUUAAUUAAAAAGCAAAUAUCGCGUUGA